AUCAAAUCAUUCCCACAGAUGAAAUAUGAAGAGGUGAAAGCAAAUGACAAUACUUCUACCAUAAAGCAGUUUGUGCUCCUGGGAUUUUCUGACCUUCCAAACCACCAACAGUUACUAUUUGGAGUGUUCUCCAUCAUUUAUGUUAUUAUCGUAAGUGGAAAUAGCCUCAUAAUAAUAAUAACCAGACUUGACAAGGCAUUGCAGAAACCCAUGUAUUUUUUCCUGGCAAAUCUUUCCUCGUUGGAAAUCUGUUAUGUGUCCAUCACCAUCCCUAGGAUUCUGGUGAACCUUUGGACUCAGGAUAGAAGCAUUUCUGUGCUGAGCUGUGCCUCCCAGAUGUGCUUCUUCCUUAUGCUGGGAGCCAGUGAAUGUUUCCUCCUGACAGUGAUGGCCUAUGACCGCUACGUGGCCAUUUGUAACCCUCUGCACUACCCUCUAGUCAUGAACCAGAAGAAGUGUACCCAACUGGCUGUUGGCUCCUGGAUAGGUGGAAUCCCAGUCCAGAUAGGACAAACAUGUCAAAUUUUCUCUCUGGAUUUCUGUAAUUCUAACCAAAUUAACCACUUCUUCUGCGACAUACCCCCCAUCCUCAAACUAGCCUGUGGGGAUGUCUUUGUACAUGAGUUGUCUGUCUAUGUGGUAGCUAUA